AAAAAAAAAAACAAGAAAAAGAAACCACUAAACCCCAACGCAAAAUAAAAUAAAAUAAAAAAAGUAAACCCCCUUAAAAUCGCCCGCCAGACGAGGUCCAAGGGGUGCGGGGGGACGGGGGUUUGUCCCACAGGUGGGGCCCCCCCGUCGCCUUGUCCCCCGCUUCGAGUGUUUAAAUUUCGGCCCGUUUUUGUUUACUUGUUUUGUAUACUGCCACCAAGUGACAGAAACUUGCAAUUUUUUGCAAUUUGGUGACUUUUCUUCGUUCCCCCCACCCCCCCUCUGUCUGUGUGUGUAAUUGCGGCGGGGGGGGUGUUGCAGGGGGGUGGGAGACAGGGGCUGAGGUGGGGAGAGGAAACCCCCGCCUAGGAAAGGGUGCAAAGCCCUGCAAAACCUUCUCCUGCCAUUCUAAAAAAAAAAAAAAAAAAAAAAAAAAAAGUCACUUUGCAAAGAAGUUUGAGAACCUUUAACACCGAGGCGUGUGUCCCCCCCCCGGCCCCCUCCACGGCCACAAACUUCGCCAAGUUUCCCAAAGCCAUUUGAAACUCCUCACUUGCACUUUCUGCUAAUUCAAGGCGGUUUUGGGGUUUGGGUUUUUUUUUAUUCCUUUCGUUUCGUGUUACCGGGGUUUAAAUCAUCCCAAUGUACGUGAACUCAUAAAAAUAGAUAAGGCAUGUCAGCUCGGGAACGGUAUUUUCCCCCUGAAAAUAUGAGUGUAUUUAAGCAAAUCCUGAAAUAUUAAAUUGUUGCUCGAUUAAAGACGAUGUAAAUGUAUAAAUUCAACAAAGUGCUCAAGAGGUUGUCUCCAAAUAUAUAGUUUAAUUCUGCCUAAGUGAUCGCCUCUAAAAAAAAACAUCAUUAAGGAAACUAUUAUUGUUUCCUGAAUUAUUUUUUUUUUCCGAGCCACCUAUGAUUAAAUUUCUGCCUUCAUAUCUGCAAAGAAUAAAGGAUAAAACUGCCUAUAGUUAAUGACAACAAUUUUUCACUCCUGAGUUAUCCUUGCAGAACGUAAUAACAUCCCACUCCUUUUUAUUUUUAAUCUCUACACCCCGCAAAGUAAUUGCACCUCCACAUAUAUGUACAUAUAGAGAUACAUGUAGAUACACACGUGUGUGCAGCAAAAUGUCGCCUUUUAGAAUUUUAAGCCAUGAAGUCUUGUCCGUGACGGGUGUGACGUCAUGAGCGCCACUGUCAUUUUUUCGCCUCUUUUAAUUUUAAGGAAUAUUUCCACUCCAACAUGAAAGGAGACCCAAAUUAAAAAAAAUAUAUAUUAACUAAAAGCUGGAAGGCUUUUUUCUUUUCUCUUUUUUUUUUUUUUUUUUUUUCUUUCCCCCGGUAAAGUUGCUACCUGCUACCUGAGCAGGUUUGGAGGCAAAAAAGGUGUUCUCCUGGAUUCAGUUGAAUUAAAAAACCCCAUUUCUCCCCACUUUUAGCCCAGGAACCACCAGGAAUGUUUCCGCAGCCGCCAGACACCUCCCUAUAAACAAAGCACCACUCCGCGCUUUUACAUCCCCUAAAAUAAUAGUGUUUGGUUUUUUUUUUUUUUCUCGUUUUUUUGGGGCUCCCCUGACUUAGCGCUGAUGAGAUUUAUUCAGAAGCGCAUUUAAUCAGCAAAUUAAAUUUAAUUGAGGCUGUGUUGCAGGGGAGGGGGGGUUCUCCCCCUGCUUUUUUUCGCUGCUGUUAACUUUUUUGCAACGUGGUUACUUGGUAAUUUAAGACCCAGCGAAGUCCCGUUUCCGCGGGGAGAUUUCGGUGCUGCCUUCUUUUGUUGGGCUGAGAUUCGCCAAUAAAUCUGGGAAGGAGAAAAAUAAUGAAAUAAAUCAACCCUCUUCCUCCCCCCCACCCCUCCCACCCCCCGUAUUAAAAAGAAUAUUUGAGAAUUAAGAGCUUCGUCCCGUCGCGAUACCAACGCGGGGAAAAACCUAAAUAAACGCUUAAAAGUGUCAGAAAGCGCUUUCAAGCCUCGGCAGAAAGAAAGGGGGAUAAAUUUCAGAAGUAGGAACAGAUUAAUUUCUCUUCCCCACACACCUCCCGGUUUCCUGGUUAGCAGACAUGUGUUUUGACAAUUGCCAGAAUUCUCUUUUUUUUUUUUUUUUUUUUUUUUCCCUUUACCUUCCAACCCCUGGAAAUGUGUGCAGCGACUGAGAGGUUUUGCAAGCGAGAAAAAUCUUCCCCCCCCCCCCCCCCAUUAUUAUUGUUAUUAAUUUUUUUUUUUUUUUUUUUUUUUUUUUUGCGUGGAGCGUUGCAACUUGAAGGGACUCGUCCUGAACUUUUGGUGCACUUUCCUAAAGCAACUCUGAGAAUAAAAUAAAAGCAACAAGAACACGUUUAAGGCCAUUUCCCUCCACCACGCACAAAAUUAAAAUAAAAAAAUCAAUAGGAAAAAGCAAAGCAAUGUCUUGUCUGGGCAACUCUACGGGUGAUACACAGGGUGGUAAAUUCUCUUCUUUAUCCACCUAGGGCGAAAAAAAGGGGUUUGCGGAGGUUUGAAUUAAAAAAAAAAAAAAAAAUAGCAGAAACGGCGCUGGGUGUAUUUUUUUUCAGCCCCUCUUCUUGGAAAGAUAUGGGGGGAAAAUGAGUGUUUUCGCUUAUUAAUGCUUUGUGCAUCUUGGUGCAGAAAAUGUCUUUUAAAUUAGCAAAUAAACCUCCCAAAUAGGCCACCCUCUUCCAAACGCGGUGUCUGCAGCGCUGGAAUAAAACUUUAAAUAGUGUGUGAAGCUCUGAAUAAAAGUAUUCAGGGGAAGGAGAGAUUUCAUCUCUCUUUCUUUUUUUUUUUUUUUUUUUUUUUUUUUAAUUAAGGGCUGCCCAGACUCUGACUCUGAGGUUGUAAUUAUAGAGAAUAGAGACGGCUCCAAAACAAUGCGAGCCAUUUCAGGCUGGGGGAGAGGUAAAUAAACCUCCACAUAAACCUCCAAGAGUUUGUUGUUGUUAUUCUGUUGCCCCUUUUUUUCUUUUUGAGGGUGUUGUUAUCCCUAUUUUAUUUUUUAUUAUUAUUUUUUUAAAGCGUUAUUUACAGCGAAAAGCAAUAUUUGACUAGGAAAACCCUGUUGUAAAGAGCAGGAAUAAAUUCCCAGCGAAAGACCCAAAUAAAUAAUUAGGACUCACGUGUGCCAUAAAUGUCAAGUUAAAAAAAAAAAAAAAAAAGGCAAAGGGGAGGGGGGGAGGCAGAGAUCUCAGAUACAAGGUGAAAUCAGUUUAAAUAAAAAGGCUUUUAAUGGCAUCACUUGUAUUUACCUCUAAGAGCUUCGAGUAUUUAAUCAGAUGUGAGCGCGCAGCUUUAUGGCCAGAUGUCAGGGGUGUGCGUGGGUGCGUGUGCCUUGCACACGCAUAGGUGUGGGCACUGGGGGGGUGGGGGGCGAAGAUUAAGGGUGUCCGUCGUCCUCCCCCCACUUAGUGCCUCCCAAAAGAGACAUUUCUGCAGCAGUUUACAGAAAAAAACACCCUCACCCUUCUUGAAUAAUUUUAAUUUUGAAGUGUAGGGGGGGGCAUGUUGUAGCUCCAAGCCCCGGGCGGGCGGGCACCUCCCAACCCCCGACCACGACACGCGUGGGUAUAAAGAAGGGGGACAAACACCCCCGGUUUCUUGCCCCACGUUGGGGUCAGCCCCAAGUGGGCAACGUGGCUGGAAAGAAAAGAGGAAACCCCCUCACCCCCUCCACCAAAAAAAGCCACCCGAGCGGCUGCAGAGCCAGUAGCGGUAUCUGCAGGCUGCUCGCGGGGGGGGGCAGGGGGGGGACACCGAUUUGGAUUUGUUUCCUUUCAGUAAUUACUGAGGGAUAGAAAACACAUGUGUUGGGAUUGCAUUUUUUUUUUUUUUCCCUAAAUCAGUUCAUCAAUUUGCUAAUUAUAGCUGGGAGGGGGGAAGAAAUUUCCCGACACGUAUUUUUUCUUUCUAUUCCCGCCCCCCCCCCCCAAUCUCUGUGUGAGCAUCAGUGGGGGGAGAGAAAGAAAAAAAAAAGGGGGGGGGGGGCGAAAUAUGGCUUAUGAGUGGUGAAUGUUAUUUCAGAUUUCUAUGGGCGCUUUUCUUUUCUGGGAACAAAGAGCAACUCCUAUUAAAGAGCUACUCGAAGACUUGUACAUAUUUCUACUGCUGUGUAGCACUUUUAAUAAAACAUCUGUUCUUGCUUCUGCUGAUGAGUUUACAUAAUUGUUUGCAGACCAAUUUAACCAGAAAGCGCCCCACAUAUUCCCUCUACAUGUUUUCAUGGGGGAAAAAAUAAAUACCUUUUUGGUAGUGACAUAUCUUGAUGAAAUACUUUCGAGAAAUCCCCAAACUGCUAGAAAAUAUCAAUGGGGGGAAAAAAAAAAAAUAUCCAGUGCAUUCAAAACGUGAGGCUGAGGAAUUGCAAUGAGUAAAACAUACUUUAAUGGUGCCUCAUUUGGAUUUGCAGGAGCUUUUGGGGUGGUUGUGCUCUAUUUUUUUUUUUUCACCCCCUCCUCUUUCUCUCCCUUUUCUCCCCAGAAACCUGAUUUUUAACGUGGGGAGAGGAUUCUAUUUUAAGUUUCUCUACAGCAGCUGGUUUCUGUUCACUAUAAAUCGACCAGACUUUUAAGACUUGCCCUCUGUUUAGAGAAGUAAUAAAACACUUAACUUUCUCGACUCCUAGUCACACGGUUAUCACACAGGUCUCCGAUACAACAGCCCCCGAGCACCUAUACAAAAAAAAAAAAAAAAAAAAGGAAAAAAAAAAGGGGGGGGAAGCAAAAAAAUAAUAAUAAAAAAAUAAAAAUAAUAAUUACCAAGGGAAACAAAAAAAAAAAAAAAAAAACACAACCAAACAACUAACUAGAAGGAGACCUUGCAGAAACUCCUCCAAACUUGGGCAAGGCUGGCGGGGGUGUAAGUGCCCUUCCAUAGGUGCAUCUCCCCACGCCAGUCUGCCCUAGCAAAGGUCCAGCCCAUCCAGCUGCUGCUACUUUUAAUUUACUCGCCAAAUUACACCGGGCUGUAAGCAAUACCUAAGGUAAGACAACACGCCAAUAACUGCAAAGCCCUCCUUCAUCCAUCUCUCCCUCCAGUCCAUUUGUGGGACCCUUUGCAACAAUUUCAUGUCUGGGCGCAGUUUUGCUUGGCCAGGGGUGGUUUCCAAAGGAACCCUGCCCUGCAAGGACUUGGGCUCAGGGAAGAUGUGCCCAUGGCUAAUAAUAUUUGCAACACAGCCCUGGCUCUCCAGAUCUGUCCAGCUGAGAGUGCCCCUGGCUGGGGGUUUAACAGCUCAGCAGAAGGCGGAGAAAAAAAAAAAAUAAUAAAAAAUAAAUAAUACCCCUCAGUAAUCGCAUUUCUUUCCUAGUUUCUUUAUUUUCGCCUCUUUCUUUGAUUCCAGAAAUCCCCGGGCAGGCUCUGGGGAAAGGGAGAAAAGGGCAACGCAAAUACACUGAAGUUCGCUUUUUUGGGGGGAAACCACCUGGAAAUCGUCCCCAUGUCCAUGAGUCUUAUAUCUGUACCAGGCUGGCUCCAAGUUGGGCAGCCUGAGGUGGGAGCCAGGCUGCGCUCCCCACCAAGGUACAUAUGCUAAAUAAGAUGGUGCACACUUCCAGCUAUCUCCUUUUUGGUUAGAAACUUUAUUUUUUCCCCUAGUGACACUCAGGGGAAGCCUUAACGUUAUAGAAGAUGAAUACACGAGCUUUUUUUUUUCAGUUGUAGUCUCGUUUAUGGUUUUAUUGCUACCAUUGAUUACUUUGCUUUGUUACACAGAGGAAAAAGAGCAUAAAAUCCGUUGGCAUCCGGGUUCCUGUUAUAGCUGGGGAAAAAAUAUACACACACCCCCCAACCCUUCUUUGUCAGCUAAAAUCUUUUAGGGAUACAUCGCUAAAAAAGGAAUUAAGUCUAUUGAUUGAGAGCAAGACAAACAAAUACUCUCACUUUUGAAUUUGAGUGUGCACCCACAAACCUUCCUCUCCCCAGCCCCCCGCACCCUCACAUUUAAAAUAAAAACGUGGACACGGUGGAGGUUUAAAAAAAAAAAAAACCACACAGAGGAGGCCAGGGUUUCCCUGCCAUAAUUGAAUUUUUAAAUAGCAAGCCACCAGAAUGAUAAAGAUACCUCGCAAUAUUUACAGAUCAGCAGGUAUGUUUUACAUUUAAGGGGCAAUUUAUGGCACUAGAUUGAAAUUAAAAUUAGAUUAGCUGUCUUCAUUUCAAUUAGUUCUAGGUGCAAUCUACCCAGAGAAGAUAGAAUAUAAUCCCCCCUUUCAUCUAACUAAAUAUUUGCAAUAGAAGUUUCCCAAUCAGUUGUAAAUAUCUGCAACUACAAAUUGCUGCAAACACAAACACGAGGUUGCGUCCCCAGCCCAGGCUCCUCAUUGCUCUCCAUCACAAAUAGAAAUCCUCUCUUUUUUUUUUUUUUUUUUUUCCUGUUGUUGUAGUUGUUGUUGAAAAUGUAAAUAUCCUCCAGCACUGAAAAUUAGCAGGGAAGCGUUUGAGGGGAGAAAUGUCAAACUGGAGGAGAAAUCUAACUUCCAGGCUAACGUGAGUUUGCAAUGUUGGGUGUUGCUUUUCUGGAUGUCUUUUUUUUUUUUCUCUCCCCUCCACAAGACAUACUUUGGGAAGGUUCUGAAACACGUUAUCAAUUCAGAAGUCGCCAUGUUUUCCCCCCUCUCUUUAUGUAAUAUUUUCUCAUCAGGAACACAACCAUUUGAUUCCAUAAUAUUGACCAAUGCUACAAGAGAGAACAAGAAGAAAAAAAAAAAAAAAAGGAGGGUAAUUUAUGGCUUAAUAUUCUGUGGACAUCUGAGAUUUAUUACUGUGAAUUCUGAGCUAUUUUAUUACAAGAUAUUAAGCAAACAUUUCUUUAAAAAAAAAAAAAAAAACAAACACAACACCACAACAAAAACAAAACACAAGCAACAUAAUGCACAGACACACAGACGGUGCUUCCAAACCCCAGUGUCCAUUAGCAGAAAAGGGGGAUGAAGGCGGGGAGGGGGGGGGGGGAAGGAAAAGUUAAGCCUGGCUUAAGAAAUUUGGGCCCCCCCCCCCCCCUCCAGCCCAGCUGCCUCCCCAGGCAGGACCCCCAGCCCCGGCUCCGGGAGCGCUCCCCUCCCCACCGCAUCCUCCCCAUCCCGCGGCACCCCGGGGGUGCUGGGGGGGGUUUGGGGGUGCAGGACUUACUUUCCAUGCCCACUUAGUUUCAACUAGGGAAUCAACAGAAGCAAAAGCAAUUUUUUCCCUUUUUGACACCCGCCUCCCCAUUGGCUCCCCCCGGGUCAGCUGACUUUGUCAUUUUGUCUGUCCUGGAGCAGAGCCUUCCCUAUAACAAUCUAGUUCAGACUACAAACUGGAGACAGAAAUAAAUAUUAAAGAAAUCACACAGCCAGGUAUAGAGGACGAUAUGAAUUCCUAUUUUACAAACCCAUCUUUAUCCUGCCAUCUAACCAGUGGCCAAGAGGUGCUUCCCAACGUAGCCCUCAAUUCAACUGCCUAUGACCCUGUCAGGCAUUUUUCUACUUAUGGAGCAGCCGUUGCUCAAAACCGGAUUUAUUCUUCUCCUUUUUAUUCACCGCAAGAUAAUGUUGUGUUUAGCUCCAGCCGAGGACCUUAUGACUAUGGAUCUAAUGCUUUUUACCAAGAAAAAGACAUGCUUUCUAGCUGCAGGCAAAAUUCUAUGGGACAUAAUACACAGACAUCAAUCGCACAGGAUUUUACCAGUGACCAAAACAGGAACACUUCGCAAGAACAAAAAACUAGCAUUCAAAUAUACCCAUGGAUGCAGCGUAUGAACUCCCACAGUGGAGUGGGCUACGGGGCCGACCGCCGGCGGGGCCGCCAGAUUUACUCCCGGUAUCAAACCUUGGAGCUGGAGAAGGAAUUUCACUUCAACCGGUACCUGACCCGGCGGAGGCGGAUCGAGAUCGCCAACGCUCUCUGCCUGACGGAGCGGCAGAUUAAAAUCUGGUUCCAAAACCGGCGGAUGAAAUGGAAAAAAGAAAGUAAUUUGAGUUCAACCCUCUCCGGGGCGGGGGGGGGGGCCGCGGCCGCCGCCGCCGACAGCUUGGCCAAGGAGGAGAAGCGAGAAGAGACAGAGGAGGAGAAGCAGAAGGAGUGAAAAAGUGACAGCUCGGCGGCAGGAUCCCCCCCCGGCCCCCCCGUCCCCGCCCCACCCCGUAUUUAUCACUGGCACAAUGUUUGGCUACGUUAAAAAAAAAAAAAAAAAAAAAAAAAAAAAGGAAUAAAAAAUAAUAAUAAUAAUAAUAAUAAUAAUGGGGAGGGGGGGAGUGAUUUA